UUUUUAUAAAAAGUCACUAGAUUCAGCAACGCUUUGGCGUGAAAUCCCCUGGAUUUUCAAUGUCAGUUGUCAAUUUGACAGUGGCGUGCAUCUAAAGCGUGGUUAUUCGGCGCCAAAGUAAUUGUUCAUGUUUAUCGUUUAGAAUAUUUUAAGGAAAACCUUCAUAAAAUGGAUACAACGGACGUCGGGGCCAUGAAUAACCAUGUCAGCGAGGAGAAAAUGGAAGAUAUUCCAGCCGAGGAGAUGACUUCUCGAGACUAUUACUUCGACUCGUACGCUCACUUCGGCAUCCACGAAGAGAUGCUAAAAGACGAAGUACGGACUUUAACUUACCGCAAUUCGAUGCACCAUAACAAACACUUAUUCGCGGGUAAAACUGUGAUAGAUAUUGGAUGUGGGACGGGGAUUUUAAGCAUGUUCGCCGCCAAGGCGGGGGCCAAGCGCGUCUUUGCGAUUGAAUGCUCCAACAUCGUCGACUACGCGCGCAAAAUCGUCGAAACGAACAAGCUCGACCACAUCAUCACCAUAAUUAAGGGCAAAGUCGAGGAGGUGGAGCUGCCCGAGGGCAUUGACAAAGUCGAUAUCAUCAUCUCGGAGUGGAUGGGCUAUUGCCUCUUUUACGAAAGUAUGUUGGACACAGUAUUAUACGCCCGAGACAAGUGGCUCAAACCCGACGGCCUAUUGUUCCCCGACCGCUGCUCGCUGUUCAUUACCGCCAUCGAGGACAGGCAAUACAAGGACGAGAAGAUCAACUGGUGGGACGACGUCUACGGCUUCGACAUGAGCUCAAUCCGCAAGGUCGCCAUCAGCGAGCCGCUGGUGGACGUCGUGGACCCCAAGCAGGUCGUCACGAACUCGUGCCUAGUGAAAGAAGUCGACUUGUACACCGUCAAGAAGGAGGAUUUGGAGUUCUGUGCGCCGUUCAGUUUGGUGGUCCGGAGGAACGACUACGUCCAAGCCCUUGUCACUUUCUUCACUGUAGAAUUUACGAAAUGCCACAAACGUAUCGGGUUCACCACCGCCCCAGACGCACCUUACACGCACUGGAAGCAGACGGUGUUCUACUUCGAGGACUACAUGACGGUCAAGAAGGGAGAGGAAAUCAACGGAACAUUCACCAUGAAGCCUAACCCGAGGAACAACAGGGAUCUGGACUUUGUUAUCGAACUUAACUUCAAAGGAGAAUUAGGCGAAGUCCACGAAAAUAACAGAUACCGCAUGCGCUAAUUUAUUUUCUUUUUUACUACAAGUGCUUACUUUAACUUCCCGAAAUCUCAUGACUUCAAACAGGCCCCGAUUUUGACGCUAGUCUUAGGUUUACUUUUUUAUGUCGCCACGAUUUUUCUUAACAAAUUUGCUUUUCCCUUUAUUUGGUUGCUGGCAGCAGCGUCAUAAUUAAGAAUCUCCUAAACAUUAUCAUAAGUUUCAAUUGUGAGUGUCCAAUUUUUGAAGUCUUAAUGGAAAUGUACAUAUUUCAUUGAGUCUUGGUAGUUAAAAAUGUGGAACGACUUGUAGGAUUAAACACAGAAUAAUGUCUGUAAAAACGACCCUCAGUGAUUAGUUUGAAUACCCCUAUUAUGAAUUAAGUAAUUGCAAUUUCAACUGUAAACGGUAAUAAUAAAAACAAAUCAUUUAAU